AUGGCGACGACAGAGCGCAAACCUCUUCCCAGCGACCUCAAGUACAUCCAGUACGAGCACUCACUAGAAGAGCGCUACCUGCCCGCCAUUCGCGCACUCAUCUCCAAAGAUCUCAGCGAACCCUAUAGCAUUUACGUCUACCGGUACUUCCUCUAUCAAUGGGGGCACCUCUGCUUCAUGGCACUCGACCCCUCAACAGACGCCCUCAUCGGCGUGAUAAUCUGCAAGCUCGAGAUGCACCAAUCACACUCGCCCGCCACACUACGAGGGUACAUCGCCAUGCUAGCCGUCGAGGCAGCAUACCGCGGGCAGGGCGUGGCCACAGCGUUGGUAAAAAUGGCCAUUGACGCCAUGGCACGCCGCAGGGCCGACGAGAUCGUGCUCGAGACGGAGGAGACGAAUAUCCCUGCUAUGCGGCUAUACGAGAGGCUUGGGUUCUUACGAUCGAAGAAGCUGCACCGGUAUUAUUUGAACGGGAAUAGUGCCUAUAGGUUGGUGCUGCCGCUCAAGUCGGGGGUGUAUAGUCGGGGCGUGGGGGGCUUCGGGCCGGACGGGAGCGAUCUCUAUGGUGCGAUUGGGGAGGUGGCGUGA